ACUAUACUGCAGAUAAGUUUCGUUUGCAUGUGCAAAUACGAGUCCUUUUCAUGCAGCAAGAUGACCGAUCAGGAAUCUCUCAGCUGCUCUAUCUGCCUGGAUCUUUUUAAAAAUCCAGUGAUAAUUCCUUGUGGAGACACUUUCUGUAAGGACUGUAUUACAGGUUUGUGGGAGCAGUGUGAUCAUCUAGGACUUUUCAGCUGUCCUCAGUGCAAACAGACCUUCUCACAGAGACCUCAUCUUAUCAAAUGUGUUGUAGUGAAGGAACUCUGUGAGAAACUGAGGAAGAUGAGACCCCAGACACUCAGUGGUGUGAGCUGUGAUUCCUGCACCACCACAAGAAUGAAAGCCAUCAAGUCCUGCCUCACCUGUCUCCUCUCAUUCUGUGACAGUCACGUUGAACAACACAAUGACCUCCAUGGGGGAAAAAAACACCAACUCAUCGAUGCCACUGAUCUACAGAGUAAAACUUGCUCUCAGCAUGGGAAACUUCUGGAGUUUUAUUGUCGUACUGAUCAACAAUGUAUUUGUGUCCUCUGUGGAAUGAAUGACCACAAGAAUCAUGACACCAUCUCAGCAGCUGAUGAACGAGAAGAGAAACAGAGUACAUUGAUGAAGACACAUGAGAAGUUUCUGCAGAAAAUCCAGGACAGAGAGAAUGAUUUUAAAGAGCUUACAAAGGCUGAGGAGUCUGUUAAACAUUCAGCACAGACAACAGUAGCAGAAUGUGAAAGAAUAUUUAGUGAGGUCGUGAGCUCCAUACAGAAAAUAAGUGCUCGAAUAAAGGAAGUGAUAUCAGAUAAAGAGAGAGCUGAACUCAGCCGUAUUCAAGAGCUUCAGGAAAAGGUUCAACAGGAGAUCGUUGACAUGAAGAUGAAGGUAUCUGAGCUUGAUCAGCUAAUGCCCACUGAAGAUCAUAUUCAAUUCCUCCAGAAUUCUUCAUCUCACUAUGAUGAACCCACAUCUGAAAAAAUUCAAGAUCUCUCCAGCAUGUCUUUAAAUGCAAAUGUCCUUUUUCAUGAUGUGAUGAUGAUGGUUUCCAAAGUGCAAGAGCGAUGGAUGGAUGUCAACAAAGAGACAGAAGCCGAAAUAUCUGGCAAAGACUUUGUCGAUGAAGCUGUUGAUGCACCAGAAACUGUGAAACCAUCUGCCGCACCAACGUUCUCCUUUCAGUCGCACUCUACCAAGAAAGAAGGUCAAUGGGACUGUGAAAAAAUGAAAUCAAUAUCACAGGGGCUCUGUACACGGAUCCACAGAGAAGCUGUUAACAGUUCGAUUGGAUUCAUGGAUCUCACACGAGCAUCAGCACCGUCACUGCAGGAGAGAUGUGCAAAGGUUUUGCCUCUGCUGGUGGAGCAGCUGCAGUUGUCUGCACUGAUGAAGCUGCAGGUGCAGUUAUCUCUGCUGCGCUGCAUUUACUGCAUUUACUGCUGCAUCCUACAGAUGGAGCGCAGCACACAGCACACUCCGUUGACCUCCACCCUGGGGCGCUUGGGUGAGGAGGUGUCUCAUGGAUCAGCUGACCCAGGUAACAGCAUUCACUCUCGUGGAUGUCCGCUGUUUAUGAGCUCCUAUUUGCACACAUACUUCCUGAGCAGCAUCAUCAAAACCAUCAGUCAAGGUGAAGCUCAAAUGAAUAUAUAAAACAUCAAGGUGUGUUACAUGAGCAGGUGGACUGUGGUGCAACUAUCUCUCUGAUGUCAUGUAACUGUAUGUGCAGCAGGUGGCAGUAUUGCUGCUGUCAGCUGGCAUUUCAUAUCUGUGAUUCACAGUCAACAUCAUUAUCAUCAUUAAUUGAUUCAGUUGAAUAUCUGACAUAAAUAAACAACACGCUGUGUGUUUUUACGCAGCAAA